AUGGCCAAAGAUAGAUCACGGAAACACUGGAAUGGCAAGCGUCAUUCAAGUGCCACCCCACAAAAGUCCAGCACCUUCACGCAAGACAUUAUUGAUCUCACCCAGACCGAUCCAUGGACUCACCAGGCCAGACGAGCACGAUCUGUCGCGCCCGUCGCACCUGUCGCACCUGGCUCAAGCUCGAAGCCGACACCACUGUCACCCGGAUUCCCGAUAAGAAAGAGCGUAGAAAGAGGAUCGCGUCUAACCACCACAGUCAACGUCCCUCAAGAUCCGAAAUCGAACCCCGCUUACAUCUUUCAACAGUUGGCGUUGGCUAACAAUCGUGCGAACACUCGUCCUUCCUUCUUUGGGAUUCUGGACCCAGAUGACGGUGAAAGUUCAGGCAGGAGUGAUACCACUGAGCGUGAUGAUACCCCAACUCCGGGUCACAUGGAGGCGAGGGACAAAGACAAGGCUAAGAAGAAGUCUAGUCAAGGGAAGGGGAAGGAUAAGCAGCCAGACAGGGAGAAAGACAAGAAGCCGGCCGACACUAGCAAAGCUCAACACCAUGAGGGAGAGACUAGGCAACGAGAGGAAAAGAAGAAACGCAAGGAGGAGAAGAAAAAGAAACAGUUGUCCAGACCGGUGGAGACUCAAGCAGUUGCCGCAGCAGAAUCCCGGAAGCGUAAACGUGACAAUGAAGAGGCUAGGGCCUUUAAACGCCGAGUCGAACUCGAAGCCAAUGCUGUCAAGAAACUUCGCGAGAGCCUUCCAACUGUCCGCCUUGACCGCGUGUUUGGGAAGCUUGAACGAGAGGAGGGCACCAAGCCGACCGAGAUGGCCGUGCUGCUCACGACCGCCAGAGACACGAUCCUCGACCUGGCGAGGCAACAGGUCCUGCAAACUCAGAGGGCGCAAAAGACCAUUCAGGACGAGUUGCUGAGGAUCCUGAAAGAACAGAGAGACAAGCUUGCCGAGUUGGAGGGAAAGGCCAACCCCAGUGCUGCUCCGGCUUUAGCGGCACAUAGUCCCGAGAAGGAGGUGGUCGAAGUGAUCGAUGGCACAUCCUGUUCUUCUUCAGACGAUAGCAGCAGUGAUGAGGACAGCGUGCAGAAGUAUAUCGGCCUGGCAAAGGGUUGGCAAAGAUGCAUGCUCGCCACCAAUCACAUCAUCAAGGUUGCAAAAUAUCGGUCCAACUCAACGCCAGAACUCUUCCCAAGUGCCAUCGCAAUGUCAAUGUCGACAGCCGAGCUGAAGCGCCUGGCUCAUUCCGAGUGCUGGGAUGAGCGCUACGCAAGGUCGGCCCAGAUGAGCAAGUCCACGAGUGGUUCAGACCUUUCAACGACCUCAUGCCCUUUUUUGGCCGGUGUCUCUUCCAAGUACGAGGGGCGGAGACAGCCCCAAGGAUCCUACAUCUGGGGCCCGGAGACAGCGUAG